AUGUCGUCGAGAAGCCUCCCUGAAGAAUUCAUCUUCGACAUUCUCUGUAGACUUCCCGUGAUGUCACUACUGCAAUCUAAGUGCGUCUGCAAAUCAUGGUUCGCCUUAAUCAGCGACCCUCGAUUCGUCAAACAACAUCUGAACCGAGUACUUGAAAGCAUCACCACCCCCAACGACGAUGGCGGAUCCUCUAAUUUCAUUGUCGUCUCUUCCGGAACUGUCUAUCACGUAGAUGAUGGUUCUGAGACAGCAAUGCAUGAUGGGUCGUCGAGAAAAUUCGAUUUGCCGUUUCAGGAUUCUUUCAGAUGGCCAUGGGUAGCGGGUUCCUGUAAUGGAUUGGUGUGCUUGGCCAACGAGACAUACGAUGACACCCUAGAAGACUUGUUUGUAUGGAAUCCAUCCACCGGAGAUUACAUUAAGUUGCCGGAAGCCUCUUUUGAGCUUCCUCCAUCCUCCCUACUAAUGUUUUGGCCUUCGGCUACAUCUCCGCCCUUGACGAAUACAAAGUAG